AUGGUGGAUUACUAUGAAGUUCUAGGAGUGCAGAGAUACGCCUCAUCCGAGGACAUUAAAAAAGCUUACCAUAAAGUAGCACUUAAAUGGCACCCUGAUAAAAAUCCAGAAAAUAAAGAAGAAGCAGAGAAAAAAUUCAAAGAAGUAGCUGAGGCAUAUGAGGUACUGUCAAAUAAUGAAAAACGGGUCAUUUAUGAUAAAUAUGGCAAAAAAGGAUUAGAUGGCGGAGGCAGAAGUCAUUUUGAUAAUGAAUGUGAGGAAAGCUUCACAUUCUAUAAGACAGAUGAUGUCUUUAAAGAAUUUUUUGGUGAAAGGGAUCCAUUUUCAUUUCACUUCUUUGAAGACUCACUUCAGGACCUUUUAAAUAGUCCAAGACACACCUGUGGAAGAAGAGGUACAGGAUCCUUUUUCCCUACUUCCAGUAACCAACCAGUUUAUCAGAGAUUUUCUUCCUAUGACACAAGAUACACAUCCUAUGGUUCACUGGGGCAUGAAGGCUUUACUUCAUCCUCUUCCCGGACAUUUGAUGGCAGUGAGAUGGGCAAGUACAUACCUGUUACAACUUCAGGCAAAAUUACAAGCGGCAGAAGUCUUAGUACAAAGAAAAUUGAGUAUGGUCAGGAAACAGAAAUUGAAGAUGAUGGUGAGUUGAAAUCCUUCCUUAUGAACGGAUUCAAAGAAGGUAGUAAGAGGAAAAAAAAGAAGCACAAAGAGGGACAGAAGAAGAAGUCAACCAAAAGGAACCGCUAAACUGGUUUCAGAUACAUUUUGACCAUGCAA